AUGGGCAUCGCAUGCAAAGAGGACAUGCUGAUCGUGAUCUUUGGGCUCGUGCAGCUCCUGCUCGGCUUCAUUGGAGUUUCCCUGGACAAAGUCACAAUCCUCCGCAUGCUCCGUGUGGUUCGAAUUAUGCGGCUUUUCCGGCUCUUCCGGAAGUUCGCCAUGCUGAAGGAGCUGCGGAAACUGAUCCGGAUGACCGCCUCCUGCUUCAAAACGCUGUGCUGGUCCUUCCUCUUCUGCUUCGUGGUGAUGACGAGCUGGGCCAUGCUCGCCGUAGAAUUGCUGAACCCCUACAUGCCAGAACUGGCGAGUCACUGGGAAGACUGCGAGUUUUGCCGCCGCUCUCUUCAAUCCGUGAUGUCUGCGGACCUGCUCCUCUUCAAAACUGUCGUGGCUGGGGACAGCUGGGGCAAGGUGGCCGUGCCGCUCAUCGAAAGCCAUCCCUGGAUCGCCAUCCCAAUCUUUAUCGGUUCCCAGCUCUCCAUUGUCUUUGGCGUGCUAAACCUGGUGGUCGCGGUUGUGGUUGACACUUUCGCGGAGCAGCGCACCAAGGACGUGACGAGCAUGGCGCAGGAGAUGGAUGAGGACGCGGAGGAGGAACUGCAGGAAUUGGACAAGAUCUUUGCCAAGAUCGACAGCGACAACGACGGCCAGCUGAGCUGGCAGGAGCUGGUUAAAGGUGCUGAGAGGGUCCGAGAGUUUCAACACCGGCUUCGGGUCAUGGACAUCGACCAGACGGAUCUCGAACAGCUCUUCACCAUGCUGGACCACAACCAGAAUCAGACGGUGGAUCCGGACGAGUUUAAGAGGACUUUGGCUCGCUGGGCCUUUGACUCGAAGACUGCCACACGCUUCGUUCGCUACACCUUGCAACAGCUGAUGGACGAUCACAACUCUGCAGCCGAGAAGCUCUCGAAGAUGGAGUCGCUUGUCCGUGACAGCUUUCAAGAUGCCAGCCCAGCUCCCCCUCGUCGGCGCCGGCGUCGGCGCAAGGUGAAGGCGCAGGAACCCGAGUACAAGGACGUCUAG